GAAGCUAUAAAAGGAAAAUGCUGACAGCGUACAUAUUUCAAUAUAAAAUGCCUUGGGUGAUGGAGAGCGAUCAAAAACGGCUGUUUUUAUGGGUGUAACAGUCGUCAGAAAGUUUUACCGUAAGCAACCAUGAACUUAAUCAACAUGGACGCAGAGAACCGUGUUGUUUUAAACGUGGGUGGAAUCAGACACGAAACUUACAAAGCAACACUCAAAAAAAUCCCGGCCACAAGACUUUCCAGGCUUACAGAAGCUUUAGCCAAUUACGACCCCAUUCUAAACGAAUACUUCUUCGACAGACAUCCAGGAGUUUUUGCUCAAGUCUUGAAUUAUUACAGGACUGGAAAAUUACAUUAUCCCUCAGACGUGUGUGGUCCAUUAUUUGAGGAAGAAUUAGAAUUUUGGGGGUUAGACGCGAAUCAAGUUGAACCAUGUUGUUGGAUGACCUACACUCAACACAGAGAUACUCAAGAAACACUUGCAGUACUCGAUCGUUUAGAUUUGGAUACGGAUAAACCAAGCGAUGAGGAGGUAGCCCGAAAAUUCGGAUUCGAAGAGGACUACCGAAAUGGAACUCUAUCUUGGUGGCAACACACCAAACCGAAAAUUUGGUCGUUAUUCGACGAACCGUACUCCUCAACAGUCGCGAAG